UAUAUAUGUAGUGCAGGGUAACUGAGUUAAAUUCCCCUGGGUUGGAGAAGAGCUAUGGUGCUUUUACCGGAAAGAAUGUUGCACCCUGACGCUGUUUUUUCCGUCAUAUAUCAUCUCAGUAAAGGUUUGUAAGUCACUGGCUUAUUUCAAGUGAAGUUACAAAAUAAGUGAGUGAAUGAUGGCAUCCUCCCUUCAGCGAGUGGAAUUUGGUAGUCUUCCUAAUGAGAUGCUGCUUCAAGUUCUGCAAUAUUUAACACCCAAAGAUCUUUGUCAUGUUGCGUUGUGCAGUAAAUCUUUGAGAGAAACAGCCAAUCAUGAUGCUCUGUGGCGCCCUCUUUGUCAUGCAGAAGGAUGGAGGCACUUUGGUAGAGCUGAAGAUCUUGACGAAAGCACUGCAUUCAUUCCUGUGGACAAGCAGAACGUUGGUAAAGAUGUGAACUUCUCGUUCGAUACCGUUGUUAGUGGUACUGACUGGCCUGGACUGAUGGACACGUGCAAAUGGAAGACGGUCUACAUGAAAGCACAUCAUCUCGAAAGGAACUGGAGGGAUAAUAGUCACCACGUUGUCUCUUUCGAGUUUGGCUCGGAGGGAUGUGCUGGUCGGUUCAGUCCAACAAUAUGGGAUUCUCCCACUCAUUCACAGAUAUAUAAUCUACAUGGAGAGGGUACCUACCUAGCAGCAGGAGUUUCGAAUGGCACAGUCAUGGUGUGGGAUAUGUACAGUGGGAAACUAAAAUACACCAUACACGUAGACAUCUGUGACAAAAGCGAAUGCUUGAAAAUCAAAAAUGGCACCAUAGCUGUAGGUUGUAAAGAUGGAAUGAUUCGUACAUACUCCACACAAACAGGGCAACAACUGCAAGUUAUGUCUUGUCAUCAACUUGCAGUAUCCCAACUGUUUAUUGACGAUGACACAAUCGUCAGUGUCGCUCGUCCUGAUCCUAGGCUUUUUUAUGCCAGCAAGGACACAUUUGAGGACAGUGACAUCAAAGUUUGGAGUUCAUUAAAUGGGGACCUUCGUUUUCUUUUUCGCAGAGAGGAUGAUUCCAAAGAUAAGACGCAAGACGUGGAUUAUGUGGAUAAAACGGUAGCCGCUGUUUAUGUUGACCGAACAAUUCGGUUAUGGAAUGCACAGAGCGGUGUAUGCAUGCAUGUCAUAGGUCCGUCGCAUCGGAUGGGUGAGUUUGUAGAGGCGUUGACUUACUGCCAUCUCAACAACGGAACUCUCAUCGUUGGUGAUAGGGACAACAGAGUAGAAAUGUAUGACGUGAAAUCAGGGGCGUGCUGCAAGACAUUCAACAUUCCUUUAGGCUGUAAUGAAAAAAAUGAUAACAAAACUUGGUCAUGUGUGUUCACUGGUAAGUUUCUCGUUGCUGCAUCAGAUUGGGGUACUAAUCUUAGGGUCUGUAACCCAGAGGGCAAGUACAUUGGGGAGACCAAGACUGCUGGAGAUUAUGAACGUAUGAUGCACUCGAGUUGUGUCCGCGGUAAUAAAUUGAUUGUCUGUGAUGAGGAUACAGGUGCCGGCUCAUUGUGGAUGAUUGAUAGAGAGAACGGCUUUCAUGUUGUGAAAAAAUUGAGAGGGAGUAUGUUUAGUCGGUGUGUGCCAGGUGAAUUGUUCGAAUUUUGGUUGGGUGACACAAAACUAGCUGUCGCUCAUUACUUUGAUGAAACUUUGGAAGAGAGCCUAGUCCAGGUACCAUACAUCGCAGUUCACCAUUAUUGGUGAAGGAAUGAGGGGGUGAUUUGGACAUCAACAUACCCUGCACUGAAUCCUCAUUGUUACGAGAAAGACUCCGUGCACGCUUAUGAACUUUGUAAGCUGGAUUUGUAUAGUAGGUGUAAUCUACCAGGUUGUUGAUAUUUGUUUGCAGACUGUGACUUUAACUGCCAAAUAUGAUUGCUCAGUGUUUUGGCUUUACAGCUAAUUCAAUAUAUUUACAGCUUUAUCCAUGCCUACAGCAUUAGCCAGAACAUUGGCUGAUGUUUGGAACCUACAUGUACAGUUAGCCAAUUAAGGAUUGGCACAUCUCAAUUUUGUUUCCACGAAUAUUUCAAUAAUACAGUUCCUUUGCCUAUACGCAUUGAUUUUCUACUUACUGUUUCUUUAUUUUAAAAAAAAUCCUCUUUUUUGGUAAAAAGAUGAGAAAACAAAGAGUUUCGAGUUAAACACGAACAAAUAUAAACUGCAAGGAUAUGGUCAAUUAUUAUAGAAUACAACAAAGAGGCAUGUUGGCCUAGAAAAAUUACCAGGAAUGAAAAACAAAACGGUAGUGGAGAGGAGGUAGGUGUAAAAUUUAUCCAGAAUAUAUUAUUUGAUAUUUUAGGGAAAUAUAACCAUUUACUAAUACCCCUCGGAUGAUCAGCAACUGGCAAGUUAAAACAAAAACAAUGACAGUGUACUUCAAUGUCACCAAUCGUGCAGUGGAAUGGGCGUUAAUCCAAUGCUGAAUCCAAGACUCCUUCAGAAUUUUGUCUUUUUCCCAAAGCAAUUCUAAGUUUGCUUUAUUUCAGUCAUUGAAUGAACUUUAAACAAAAUGUAUAUAAUGCUACAACAUAGAGUAAAACUUUAACACAUAAGUGAUCUUUUUAACUACACAACAAGUGUUGAAAAUGAACAUUGGAAAAAAGUGAAUUCAAAAAGCGUGAAUUCGAUUCUUAGUUGGUUGGAAUAGUCUGUAAUAAGCUUGAUAAUCUCGAUGUCAAUUGGUUACCAAAGAGGAAUGAUGACAUGUCUCUGUCCUCACAAUUUAUGUUUGGGGGAAGAGACAAAGCUGCAACAUUGAACAAUAUCGACCUCAAUAGCACCGUGAUCGAAAGUAUUAUAUUAAGAUGUAUCAGAAGUUGAAAUUGUAUAACGGUUUACCAAAAUGGAAUAGUGAUAUUUCAGAAAGAGCGAAAACAAGAUAGGCAUUUCUUUGACUGCAGCCACAGAAACUAAUUUGAAAUAGUGCUUUCCUAAAAUGUAAUUAACGCCAGUAAAAAGCAGGCUUGGUUCAUUUGUUUGUUUUCACUUUUUUUCCUGGUCACAUUCCCUUCAAUGCAUGUAUACUGUCGUCAUUUGUUCAUUCAUUUGCGUUAAAAUAAAGGGUGAUGACCAAAUGCAGAGUU